AUGGCCAGAAAAGCAAUUAAAAUUUCGGGAUUAAAGCAGAGGGGAAAGUUCAAGUUCCUCGCAUUUAUAUUCACCGAACAACCAAACUGGCCUUUGGUUGGCGCUGUUUGCGAGAUUGGUGAAUUGUGGGCAGAUACCACAAUGGAGCAUUUACAGAUGCUUUUUGGGAAGAAGAGAAAGAACGCUACUGAGAACGAAGAGAAAAGGGAAGAAACCCCUCCCUCCACAACGUAUUCGGGAAAAAUCCCCGCAUCCAUCAAAAACAUUUCCUCACCACUUGACGGAAUUGAUCACAAUAUUGCCACGGGGUCGGAUGAACCACACUCAUACAAGACAAUAUUAUGUAAACUAAAGGAAAUACACAAAGCCGAUACCAUCGCAGCAGACAAGAAAAAAAUAGAAAUUUCUUCCGAUCUCAAACAUUCAGAAAGUCAAUCUCCCUCGUCCCAAGUAAAAAGACGUCUUUUCCUCAAUUUCGUGGACUUCGAAACCAAGGAAGAAAGGCCGACCCAUGGCGAUAAGCGUGCUAUUGCAGACGAAACAAGAUCCCCGACUUUUUCUCUUUCUCCAUUUCAUUUUACUAAACUCCGGUCAAGGUCAAAAAUCCCCGUUGGCCUUCCAAGCCCUCUGAAAUCAAGAAUCCGUGAAGUGACCGAUUCAGUUGAGCGAUUGGAGAGAUUGGAUAGAAAGCUGAAGGAUAUUUUGGAAAAUGCAGAAACGACUGCUGCUAACAUUGAGGCCGGUGAUAAAGAUGAAAAUGAAGAUCAAGAUGAAGAUGAAAGUCAAGAUGGAGAUGAAAUGGAAUCAGGUAUCUUGACUCCCUCAACUUCUUCAAGUGAAUGGGUACCUGUUGAAGCACCAUUGACUCCCUCAGCCCACCCUGAACCUACAUUUGAGGAUGAGGCUGAGGAGGAAGAGGAGGACACGCCGUCUGAUUUAUUGACACCUUCAACUUCUUCAACGCCUUCGAUUCCCUCAUCUCCUUCAUCCCGAUCCCACUCCUCACCCAGUCCAGCAACCACCAUCAACGGCCACCCCUGGAAACUCUUCCUCGUCGAUACUCUCUACAUAUGCGAUAAUUCCCUGCACCAUGAAUGGAGAACAGCUAAGCUCUUCAACGCAUGGUGUAGGAAGAAUUCCUGGUUUGCCGUUACCGAGGAAGAAAUUGAGCUUUUGGCGAAAUGGAAAUCGUGGGCUUUGGAUGAUAGACCCGCUGAUCAGAAGUGGUUUUGGUAG